GAAUUUUCACAUUUUUGUACAAAGAAAAAUUGAUUCUCCCAUUCCUUUUUAAAAGAUAGAAAAUCUCCACUUCUCCAUUUCCUUGACUCACUCUGCAUUUUCCGGUACUUCAAAUACAACGUUCACAACGUAGUGGUCGCUUUGCAUCAACGUCCACAGUUUAGCCUGGUACUACACUGCUGCAACCUGCCGGCUGUUGCCACUGCCCCAUUCGACGAUUGCACGCGAGCAGCACACGUGCAGCGCUGUGCGCUCAUGAGCCGCACGCAACGCUUGCCAACCCCUGCUCUAGGCCUACAAGACCACCUCCUUGAAGAAUUUAAAUUCAUCAAGAUCCAAUUUCUGUCUCCCAAUACCACUGUGUCUCCAGCCUAUGGACAGCAGAUUAUUUCUAACUUUAAGAAGCUCUACACUAAAGCAUUCUUUGAGCAUUGCUUUGAGUUGACUGAAGCUACCAAUCUCACUCUCAGGGAGUUUUGGAAAUAUCACUUCAACAUUGUUGCCUGCAUCAAGACGAUCGAAAAGGCAAGUGAAGGGGUUAUCAAGAGAAGAAGUCUCACUUCUGCUUGGGAGAAGCUUUGGGCAGAGUGUGUUAUCGAAUGUAACUCCGAGGCAUUUGUGUCAGUACCUGUGGAGCCUGUAGUCAAUGAGAUCAUGUCUUUGGCCAAGAGGAUGGGACUAGAAAUGAAAAACAAUGAUAUCGAUGAGCUUGUGGAAGAUCACAGCCAAGAAAUGACCACUGAAGAGCUUGUGGAAUUGCAGUGUGUUUCACAGAAGGAAGCUGUGGAGAGUAGUUCAGAGGAGGAGGAGGAGGUAACAGCAAAGCAGCAAUCUUCUGGCACAAUAAGAGAAACCUCAAUGAAGCAGUGCUAUGUCUGCUACAAGUUUAUUUGAUGAUAAUGCUGUGUCAUAUUUUCACCAAGUGUUGAAGCAUUGAGGAGACAAAUAACUGUAGAUAGCUUCCUAGUAAAAAAGAAUUAGUUCUGUAUCGUGAAUAAUAAAGUACAUAAUACUGUGUGUAUAAUUUUCUUUGAAUA